AUGCGCGUUCACCUCCGCCUUCCCUCGCCUCUCGGUACCCAGGUGCUGCAUGUCGACGGAGCGACGCCGGCGGGCGAGCUCCUCCCCUUCGACAGUGCGUACCUGCGCACGCGUACGCGGCUUGUCUCGCUUGACGAGCCCGUCGGCGGUCUCGAGCUCGCUCCCGGCUUCCCGAUCGACAUCGAUGUCGUGCCCCGUACGCUCGGAGGCAAGGGUGGUUUCGGUGCCAACCUCCGUGCUGCUGGAGGUCGCAUGAGCACGGCCAAGACGGACAACACGGACUCGUGCCGUGACUUGAAUGGCCGCAGGCUCGGAAGCAUCAAGGAGGCACAGAAGCAAGCAGAGCUGAUCGAGUCGCUCCCCGCGCUUCGCGCCAAGGCCGCGGCGGAGAGUACAGCCAAGCUCGAGGCGCUAGAGCGCAAGCUCGGUGUGUCGUCGGGCGGUAGCGGUGAAGAGGGUGCGAAGCGCCUCGCCGAGGUCGACCUCGAGGAGCUCGCGCGCAAGAAGCACAAGUUUGAGGAUGACAAGUUUAUCGAUGAGACGCGCGAGAUCAAGGAGAACGUCCGUUCCGCCGUCGGCGCUGCGCUGCUUAAGAAGCGCAAGAAGAACAAGGACGCUGCGGGCAAGGGCAAGGAGAAGGCGGCGGCCGACAAGGACAAGAUGCCCCCGCCCAAGGCUAAGCCCGCCCCCGUUGCUAGCGCCGCCUAG